GAUCAGCUGUGUGAGAACAAACAAACGCAUGACGGAGGUUAUCAGGUCUGUGUUUGUGCAUGCAGACACACGUUAAACAUGAAUCAGCGAGUGUUAGGAAUGACCUCCAUCAGCAAAAUGCUGAAAGAAGCUCUCAUCUGUCAUUGAAAACUCAACACUGACGCGGAUCAAGACCUGAUGCUGCAUCACAAACACAUCCAUCCACACGACCAGACGUGCGUCAGAGAUGUUUCUUCAGGUUUUUGCAGACCUUCAUGCUGCCAAGAUGAUGUGCAUUCUGAGCCUCCUCGCAGCCCUUUGUUUCGUGACGGGAGACAGGUCCACGCACAACCCAAAUGUUGUCAGUGUGGCCAACUUUGCCAUCGACUUUCAUAAUCGCAUGAAUAACUACCCGUAUGCCUUUAAAGUGGUGAACAUCUUCUCAGAUUCAGCUCAGAUCUACCCUCCAGCACGGGUGAAGUACACACUAGAGGUAGAAGCGGCUCAGACGGUCUGCAGGAAUCAGGCGAAUGUGAAUCUGCAAGAUUGUCCUCUGCAGUCUGAUGCUGAGACCAUGAUCUGCUCCUUUGUAGUUUUCGCUGUGCCAGGAAACAACACGAUCCCUAAACGACUGCUGUCAGAUCAGUGUGUGUCUGAUGGCAGAGGGUUAUUUUGAGAAACAUAGUAAAAUGUUUUCACUAGUCCAUGCCUGCUUAAGACUGUUAUAUUUAGAUAUCAUUAUUCAUAUAUUGUGGUAGAAUAAUGUUAUUUUUACACUAAAAUGAUCUUUACAAUAUUGUGUAAAAAAUCUUGUUGUGUGAUGUUGAAGUGCAGAGUAGUUUCAUGGAAAAGUAAAAUAAAAAAGUGAACAAUUAUAUUCAUAUUCAAUUAUAAAAUUCCUCAUCUCUUGAUUCUUACGGUUGCUUUAGGUGUAUUAGUUAUUUAGAGAACACAUAUUAAAACCUUUCAUAAACAUAACAAUCCCAGAAGGAAUAGCUCCAAAAAACAAUAGCAAAUUCUCUUGUGGUAACUGGGAUUUUAUAGUGUUACAAAUAUUUCUCAUAUUUAUAAGGUAUUCCUUUAUCAUUAAAUAUUAUUUUUGUACAGCAAGUCUCUGUUGUGCCAAAUUAUAAAACAACGGGAAACAAUUAGGCUUGUAAAUUCAAGACCAUGUUAAAAUACAUUAUUUAUGAAAUUUAGAUAGUUUAAAAGGAUUUUUUUCAGGAUUAUAAUUACACAAGAGCAAAUGUAUAAUUAUUAAUUACCACUGACAACAGUUUUCUUUUGUGGUUACAUCACAACUUGGUAACUGUCCCUAGAGCCAUUGAGAGAGAGAGUUGUGUCAACUCCGUAGACUCCAAUCAGAGCCAUUGAGAGAGAGAGUUGUGUCAACUCCGUAGACUCCAAUCAGAGCCAUUGAGAGAGAGAGUUGUGUCAACUCCGUAGACUCCAAUCAGAGCCAUUGAGAGAGAGAGUUGUGUCAACUCCGUAGACUCCAAUCAGAGCCAUAAAGUGGAAAGCCUUUGUCAAUCUCCUAGGUGUGACCGUGAGCCUAUCUUCUGGAUACCAUCCCCAGAGAAAUGGACAGUCCGAAAGGAAGAUCCAGAAGAUAGGCCGAUACUUCCGUACCUUCUGCCACAACCACCAGAACUCCUGGAACCGGUUCCUUAGGAUGAGUACGCCCAAAAUUCCCUGCGACAACCCACUACCGACCUCACUCCCUUCCAGUGUGUACUCGGAUUCCAGCCUCCUCUCUUCCCCUGGUCGGGAGAUCCAUCAGAAGUUCCGUCGGUAAACCACUGGUUCCAGGAGAGCGAGAGGGUCUGGGACUCAGCUCAGCAACACCUCCAAAGGGCAAUCGAGACGACACCAAUUCCACACUGACACUAGGAGAGCUCCCACACCUGCCUACACCCCCGGCCAUCAAGUGUGGCUCUCCACCCGGGACAUCCGACUCCAACUUCCCUGCAAAAAGCUGAGUCCCAAAUUCAUUGGUCCAUUUCCCAUCCAACGUCAAAUCAACGAGGUUCGACGAUCCUGGGUCCUUCGCGAUGACAUCCUACACCCCAGUCUACUCGGUGAAUUCCAUUCCGCUCAUCUCCAAGAUCCAGCUCCUCGCGGCCGAGGUCGCCCACCACGACACCACCCUCUUCGGCCUGACUGUAAUAUCCUCCACCCAACUGUCCAGUUCAAGAACUCUAUCAUAUACUCACCUGUUGUUAUUUUCAUCAUUUGUCAAUAAAUAAACCUGUCUGGCUGAUAA